UUUUCAUAUUCAAAUUCGCAACAGGGACCAUUCACUCACUUCAGGUCCCACAAUACACAGCGGUUAGGAAGCGUGUGCGGUUCACGUUCGAAUUGUUCCAUUUCCAAAACAUUGCUUGCUGUUUGUGAAUUGCAAGUUUACUGGCCUGAGACUGUAGCUAUCCGGGUGACGUUUGGAGUGGACACAGUACACAAAAGGUAAUGAUUUGUAAAUAAAGUACUGACCCAGCCAAUCAAGAAUCAUGGAAGAUGACUGGAAACCACUGCUGGCCUCAGAAAGGGCUGGAGAGGGCUACACAGAUCGCGGUGUCAUGGACUCUCUAGACCCAAAGUCGAAAAGGCCUUUCCACGUGGAGCCGCGGAACAUCGUGGAGGACGACGUGCCGGAGAGGGUGUCGGCCGAGGCCUCGGUCAUGAGCAGCAGAGUGCACUACUACGGCCGCCUCACCGGCUCCUCUGACAGAUUACUGGUUCCUCCAGAUCACGUGAUCCCUGCUCCAGGGGAGAUCUAUGUUUACAGUCCACUGGGAACUGCGUUCAAAGUGCAGGGAGGUGACGGGACAACCAAAAACCCCAGCAUUGUUACCAUUUUUGCCAUAUGGAACACAAUGAUGGGUACUGCUAUACUGAGCAUGCCUUGGAGCAUAAAGCAGGCAGGGUUCACCUUAGGCAUAAUCAUCCUGAUUUCUAUGGGCUUAUUGACACUGUACUGCUGCUACAGAGUACUGAAGUCUCCCAAGUCAAUACCCUCUCCAGGCUGUGGUGUGGGCCACGUCCCACGAACAUAUGUAACUAGUGUAACAGAAUACGCAGAUACCUCAGACUGGGAGUUCCCUGAUGUGUGUAAAUAUUACUUUGGGGCCGUUGGCCAGUGGUCCAGCCUGCUGUUCUCCAUGGUGUCCCUUAUCGGUGCCAUGGUGGUCUACUGGGUCCUCAUGUCCAACUUCCUGUUCAACACGGGGAAAUUCAUAUACAACUACGCUCACAAUGUCAGCAUGGCAGAUUCGGAGUUUGGGACCAACGGAACGGAACGAGUGAUCUGCCCUUUCCCCAACGAGGACCACGGGAACAACUGCAGCGUGAGCCUGUUCUACCUGAGCAGCAACGGCACGGGGGCGCCCCUGUUCGACCGCUGGUGGAGCAAGACCAACACCGUGCCCUUCUACCUCAUCAUCCUGCUCCUCCCCCUCCUCAACUUCCGCUCAGCCUCCUUCUUCGCCCGCUUCACCUUCCUCGGUACGAUAUCGGUGGUCUACCUGAUCUUCCUGGUCACGCUGAAGGCUUUUCGCCUGGGCUUCCACCUGGAGUUCCACUGGUUCGACUCGUCCAAGUUCUUCGUGCCAGAGUUCAGGCUGCUCUUCCCGCAGCUGACUGGAGUCCUCACUCUGGCGUUCUUCAUCCACAACUGCAUCAUCACACUGAUGAAGAACAACAAACACCAAGAGAACAAUGUGCGGGACCUGUCGGUGGCCUACCUGCUGGUGGGCCUGACCUACCUGUAUGUGGGCGUCCUGAUCUUCGGCUCGUUCCCGUCCCCCCCGCUCUCCAAGGACUGCAUCGAGCCGAACUUCCUGGACAACUUUCCCAGCAGCGAUGUCCUGGUCUUCGUGGCUCGGGCGUUCUUGCUGUUCCAGAUGACCACGGUCUACCCGCUGCUUGGCUACCUGGUCCGGGUGCAGAUGAUGGGCCAGAUCUUUGGCAAACAUUACCCUGGGUUCUUCCAUGUCUUCACCCUGAACGUGAUCAUUGUGGCUGCAGGAGUCCUCAUGGCCAAGUUUUACCCCAACAUCGGCUCCAUUAUCAGGUACUCGGGGGCGUUGUGCGGUCUCGCCCUGGUCUUCGUGCUCCCCUCGCUCAUACACAUGAUAUCCCUCCGCCGCCUCGGGGAGCUCCGCUGGCCCUCCGCCCUCUUCCACAGCUUCCUCAUCCUCCUGGGGGUGGCCAAUCUGAUCGGGCAGUUCUUCAUGUAGCUCCGCCUUCUCGCAGCCUCAGCUGCCAACUGACCAAUCGGGCAGCUCCUUCGUCAGCUCCACCUUCCUAUCACUCCCUGGGGCAUUCUGCGGAGAAAAUGGCAGUUUCCAGCAGAUUAUGUAAUACUCUUUUGAAAAGGCACAUUCUGAAGGAAAUCAGGUGUCAUUUUUUUUGUAGACAGAUGGCUUUUUUGUACAUUUAUAUGAACGGUUUCCAACUCAAAUACAACUAGAGCUCUAUUUUUUUGUUUUGAGACAAAAAUUGUUCAGUUGAUUCUGUCACAGCAGGAAGCAGCGACGGAAUUGGAAGAAUUCCCAUGAAUCAAAGAACGCGUUGUAAAAUAAUUUUCGACAUUUUGACGCCUCCAUCAGAUGGACCUUUUCUGCAGUGUGGAUUCCUUCAGGCAGGAGGAAUGAAGGAAGAUGAUGCUCAAGCACCCUGAUGCUCAUAUUGGCUUUUGUCUACUCUCAGCCGAAUGCAGCGUGUGUGUUCUCAAGUCGUAGAUACUAUACUUUAGGUCUUAAAAGUAAUAGUUCAGCCUCAAAAACAGGGGCUUUUAUUUUUUUAAGAAUGUAUUGGGGGACCUAAGCCGUGGAAUAUUUCAGCUGGCUGUGAAUUCAGUUCUGAAUCAGAGCUAAGAAAGAACUGCAAUGGAACGGACACACAGAUUCAUGGGUCCUGUCAGUGCCUCGUAGUGUGUUCAGGAUAUCACAAGCAAUCCGCUCUUGUUAAAACGUGUGUGUCUGUGUGUGUCUGUGUGUGUGUGUGUUUGUAAAAGAUGCAGUGAUUCCACAUAAUAGUCUACGGUUAUGGAAACUGAUUUCCCCAGGGAGUGUUCCAUAGUUUUCUCCAGCUGGGAGGUAGCAGUCAGCAGUCGGCUUGACUUGCACCCUCUCUGUAUCCUCAUACACUCACCUAGAUUGGGAGAAGAUAUUUAGGCCCCUCGGCCUAAUCGUGUCCUCUUAACCUUGCCCUCUUUUUCAGUCUAAUAAUCGUAUUUGCCUGGGGUAAUGUAGUGGCUAGCCAGUUGCGCUGGCCGGUGCAUUAGUGCUUAUCGUGUUGUCAGUCUCUUUUCCUUGGGGGGUGCAAAUUUGGCCAGCUGGUUUAAUGUCCGAUGUAUUCAGUGACAGACUACAGGGAGGAGCCGGCCGGACCUCAACAUGUAGCUCCUCCCACUUCCUCUGCCAGCGGUUUUCUUGGAAGAGCCUGUGUGUGUGUUGCCUGGCAACUUGUGGGAUAUGCAUUAUUGUUCAGACCUGUACAAGAAGGGAAAAACUGCCUAUACCAUAUAUAUAUAUAUAUAUAUAUAUAUAUAUAUAUAUAUAUAUAUAUUCCAUCUUUAUCUUUAAGCGGCAAGUGCAAUUGAAACCAAUGUAAAGCCAUGUUGAUUUGAAAGGGGACAAGCGCCAUGCAUUUAAAGCAUGCAUGAGCAGUCAGCUAUGUAUAAACUAUGGGUGAAACUUGUAUGGGAGACUACAGUGAGUCUCCAGUGCUAUCUUUCCCUUUUCUAUACGGUAAUCAUUUGUUCUUAAAGACACCAGAAAUGCAAUUGGAGGAGAUGAUGCACCUUAGUACGAAUAUGAUUGGAUUAAAGGGAGUUUUUGAUUGCCUGAAAAUGUGUACAAGUUACCAUGUGAAGACUGACAUUAGCUUGCAUCGUGCCAUUUUUUAAAACUGAUUUCCAUAAUUUAAAUUCUACUCGAGAUCAGUUUAAGUUCUCCAGAAUUUGUCUUAAGCUAUUUGGUAGUUUGACUGUUUGAACACAAAAUAUGUGCAAAAAUGUUUAGAAUGUGUUGGCAGCCAACAGCAGAUGGCGCUAAAUGAUGUCAGCCUGUUCGCUGAGCUACAGAUGUGCAUAUGCAGUAUGGAAUGCAAAAGUCUUAAUAUUUGCAGGAACGUGUACACAUUGGCUUGCCCUGUCUGAAAAGCACCUAUGGAUCCUCCCAUAUCUCAGCGUAUCUCGGAUCGGUUCAAGUACUGUACAUGUUUUUGCUGUGCAAGCAGUGUAUUUUACCUUGGAAUGUUUGCUUUUAGAAUAUAUCACCUAAAAUCUA